ACACUCCUGUCAUUUUCUUUAACAGUUUCUUGACCUCUUGACACCAUGACCACUUUGACUGGAUCAGACUUUGACUUCACCUUCCUGGAGGAGGGGUUCUGUGCCCGUGAUAUCGUGGAGCAGAAGAUCAACGAGUCAUCACUAUCAGAUGACAAAGAUGCCUUCUAUGUGGCCGACCUGGGUGACGUCCUGAAGAAGCACCUCCGUUGGUUGCGCGUUUUACCCCGUAUCACACCGUUCUAUGCAGUGAAGUGCAAUGACGGCAGGGCUGUCGUCACGACACUGGCAUCUCUGGGAGCCGGGUUCGACUGUGCGAGCAAGACCGAGAUCCAGAUCGUGCAGUCUGUGGGUGUGGAGCCAAGCAGGAUCAUCUACGCCAAUCCCUGCAAGCAGGUGUCUCAGAUCAAAUACGCCUGUGCUCAUGGAGUGCAGAUGAUGACGUUUGACAGUGAAGUGGAGCUCAUGAAGGUGGCACGAUGCCAUGACAAUGCCAAACUGGUUCUCCGUAUCGCCACUGACGACUCCAAGGCCGUGUGCAGGUUAAGUGUGAAGUUUGGCGCCACGUUAAAGUGCAGUCGGUUGUUGCUGGAGAGGGCGAAGGAGCUCGGGCUGGACGUGAUUGGAGUCAGUUUCCAUGUGGGCAGCGGUUGCACUGAUCCCGAGACGUACAGCCAGGCAAUCUCAGAUGCACGCUGUGUUUUUGACAUGGGGGCGGAGCUGGGAUAUAACAUGACCCUGCUUGAUAUUGGUGGAGGCUUUCCAGGCUCGGAUAACACCAAACUGAAAUUUGAAGAGAUCGCUGCUGUGAUUAACCCUGCACUGGAUAAAUAUUUCCCUGUUGACUGCGGUGUGAGGAUCAUUGCUGAACCUGGCCGCUAUUAUGUAGCGUCUGCUUACACGCUGGCUGUCAACAUCAUUGCCAAAAAGGUCAUCAUGAAGGAGCAAUCGUCCUCAGAUGAAGAAGAGGAUUGGGCCAAUGACAGAACCCUGAUGUACUACGUGAACGAUGGUGUUUAUGGUUCCUUCAACUGCAUUCUGUAUGACCAUGCGCAUGUCCUGCCAACUCUGCACAAGAAACCCAAGCCUGACGAGCGCAUGUACCCAUGCAGUAUUUGGGGCCCGACCUGUGAUGGGCUGGACCGGAUUGUGGAGCAGUGCAGCCUGCCUGACAUGCAGGUGGGCGACUGGCUGCUGUUUGAAAACAUGGGUGCCUACACUGUAGCCGCAUCCUCCACCUUCAAUGGCUUCCAGAAACCCGAUAUCCAUUACAUCAUGUCCCGCAAAGCCUGGCAGUGUAUGCAGCAUAUCCGUGCUCGGGGGAUUCCACUUCCUGCGGAGGAGCUCUGCACUGGAAGCAUGCCAUCCCACUGUGGACACGAGAGCACAUUGGAUGUGCCAGCCAAGCCAUGCCCUACCCAAGUGCUGUGAUGCUCUUCAACGCUGACUCCCAGAGCGAGAGCCAGUCGUCAUUCAGACAGCGGUUUAUCAUAGUUCUCCACCGAUUUACACCCAAACCCUGUCUUGAGGUCCACCACAUCCAAAUAUGUGCUGUUGAAUAACAAUAGCUAAAUUUCUAAUCUAAAUGCAGCUGUUUUUCCUCCGUUUGUAUGAGUUCCAAAUGCUCAAACCUGAAAGACGCACAAACACGCUCACAGUCCUGUGGCUGUAUAUUUCUUUUUUUUUUUUUUUCCAUACUUAUA